UAUAGUUCCUAAAAUCUUACAUUGAUUUUUUUUACAUCGAUGGCUUUGCGUUUUGGCUCUAGAGCUGAAAUCGAACAGGCCUGAUGUAGCCUAUCUUAAUCGAUGUUUUUCGGCGCGUCCGACUUUCUUUAUCUAUAAGAUUAGCGUCUCUAUAACUUUGAAAACCGAUUACUGUAAAUAAAACGCAAUCCGCCGGCUCGCAAGAAGGAACGUCUCACGCUAUAUCUUAGCGCCGAGACACCAUCGUGUCUCCAGAUAAAAAUUGUUGAAGUUUUCGCAAGUGUUAUUAACUUCUUCGCAGAUACAAAGAAGUGUUUCAAUACAAACAUGAUGGCUGUCAAGUUUACUAACGGAUCGUGGAGAAGCAUUUUUCAAAACAGAUUAUUAAGAAACAUCGUAUGUAUCAAUACAAUCGCCAGAUCAAUAUCCACGGUGGACCAAGAGGAAAUCGAACGUAUGAGUGCUUGGAGAAACUUUUGGUGGAAUGAGAACGGUCCAAUAAAAGUCCUUCAUGCAUACAAUCCAAUUAGAAUACAGUUUUUGAAAGAUGGAUUGAUAAACGCUGGAUUCAAAAUACAAAACCCAGACUUUCCAUUAGAAAACAUAAAAAUUGUGGAUGUUGGCUGUGGUGGAGGUAUAUUGGCCGAGAGUUUAGCUAAAAUAGGAGUGCGAGUAACUGGAAUAGACGCAUCGGAACAAUUAAUAAAAAUUGCUAAAGAUCAUGUAAAAUUGAAUCGCGAUAUAUCAGAAAAAGUGAAUUACAUUCACACAACCGUAGAAGAUUUUACUCGUAAGAAAAGUGAAAACAGCACAUAUGAUGCUGUUGUAUCUUCUGAAGUUUUGGAGCAUGUAUCAGACCCACAACUAUUUAUAAAGGAAUGUGUGAAGAUUGUGAAACCUGGAAAGUCGAUUUUUCUGACGACGAUAAACAGAACUUUAACAUCUUGGUUGUCUACUAUUGUAGCAUGCGAAUACAUUUUCGGAGCUAUACCUCGUGGUACUCAUACAUGGAAUAAAUUUAUUACUCCACAUGAAGUUCAAUGUAUAUUGAAGAAUUAUGGUUGUGAAACAAGAUCGAUUCGUGGCAUGAAAAUUAAUCCAAUGACAAAAAAAUGCUCUUGGUCAUCAACUCAAUCUACUUUUUAUUUACUACAUGCAAUCAAACAAAAAGAAACUGGCAUAUAAGUCUUCGAAAAACAAUUUG